AUGGAACAAAUGUUUGUACCACAGAGUGGUGCACGUGGUUAUACAAAGAAAAUACUAAUAUUUAUAACAGAUGGUGAUGCUGCUGUUACAGACGAACCUGGACAAUUAUUACGUGACAUAGAUAUAGCCGUCUACACUAUUGGUGUCGGCUCCAAUGUAAACACUAACAACUUGAACAAGAUUGCAACAAGUGUCAAACAUCAAUAUAUAGCUUUGAGUUUCUCCUUGAUAAACAAUAUAAAGCAAAACCUCACGUCUCAAGCGUGUAAAGAUAUAAAUGAGUGUGAAGGUGUCACUUGCCUCAAUCAAGGAACAUGUAUUGAUUAUAUAGGAUACUUCACUUGUAAAUGUCCACAAUUUUUCGAGGACACUUAUUGUGAAACAAAUAUAUGUGAACCGAGAGCAGCCGACAUUGUUUUUGUUAUCGAUGUAUCAGCAUCGAUGAGUUCUAAGUUACUAAACCAUGCAAAAGAAAACGCAGAGCUUACCACUAAAGAAUGGCAUAUUGACACUAAUCAUUUUCAUAUUGCAUUAGUAACUGUUGCAAAAUCUGCAAAUACGAGUCUUGGUUUCUCAAAUAUUGCAAGUAAAGACGACCUUAUGAAUGGCAUUACCAAUUUAAAUCUUAAAAAUGAACCUUCGAAUAUACAUCUGGGUCUUUCUAAAGCUGUUGAACUGCUUAUUUCCAAAGGCCGAGCGAACGUCAAAAAGAAGAUCAUUUUAUAUUCCGAUGGGCUACCCUCAAAUCCUUCUGCACUUGAACAAACACUAUCCUUCUCACAGUACUAUUCCAACAUCGGUAUUUAUACGGUAGCAAUAGGAAUAGACGUUUCCCAUUACUUUCUGUCAAGAAUAUCAAGAGAUGUUUCCAACGUGUUUCCAUACAAUACAGACGCUUUGUGGAAUCACAUUAUGCAGGGCUUGAUUAAACCCGAAUGUAAUGUUUGCACCGAGUCUGAACAAGCUGAUGUAAUUAUAAUGGUUGAUCUAUCAGGAAUACAGCAAACUCAUCUUAAUUCUAUUGUUCCGACAUCACUAGUAAAAAUACUAUCGAAAAUACGUCUUGGUACUAAUGCUGUUCAAUUGGCGUUAAUAACAUACAGUGACCAAGCAAGUACACGCUUUAACUUUGAUGCAUAUUCAGAGCAUAAUCGGGUUGACCUGCAAAGGUCAUUGUCAUCGUAUGAGGCCCAAACCAAUAAAUCAUCAAACAUUUCAGAAGCAAUAAAACUGUCCCAAGCACUUCUAGGUGAUACAGCCGAAGGGGCUAGAUCAUCGGCAAAGAAAGUGAUCCUUGUGAUCUCAGAAUUCAAAACCUCAUUGAAUGAACAAGAACUUACAUAUGCAGAAGUAUUGAGGAAAAGUGGAAUUAACAUACACACGAUUGGUAUUUUUACUGAUGGUAAUGCGUUUGACACCAUGACAGGACUUGCGUCAACAUCAUACCACAUCGGUACCAAUGGCAAUAUUUAUGUUGACCAAAUUGAUACAUAUAUUGAUUCAUUUAUUCAAGAACUUGAAUCAUUGCACUGUACUUUAGUCAUUUAG